UAAUUUAAUGUUAUUCUAAUGAAUACUGAGGUUAUCUAAAAAUGGUCAAAUUACUUACUUACUGGAACUCGGAAAAUUUGACCCUGAAAUUGAAAUCACGUAAGGAAAGGGCCAAAUUGUUAUAUUAGACCCCUUUACUUGUAAUUUUAUUAUUUUAGGCUAGUAACACUGUUUUUACUAUAUUUGGUACUUUACCGAUAUCUACCGACCCGAUAUUUAAUUUAAUACUUAUCUUCUAUUUUAUUUGCACACGGCAUUAGUUUUGUGAGUUCAAAUUCCUCUGUAAUAAAAUAGACUACUUCCAGUAUUCAUCUUAAUCUGAAGAGAAAUACAUAGUUUUUCACUUAGAUACUUACGUUACCGGUUGCGUUAACUCGCGACAUUCCACACGAUUCACCAUGCCAAUCCAUUGCAAUAUUGAAACACAACAGUUAGGUUCAUUAUUGAAACUGAAAUGCCUGAUCAGCACGACUGAAAAUAAUUGUGAAUUUAUAAGUAAUGCCUUAAAUGUAAAUGACUUGGCUAUGGUGUCUUUAAAAUUUGUGGUUAAAGAUAAAUAUUUAAAUACUUUUAUUUGUUCAUUGACACAUGCUAAAGCUAAGGAUUUCCUAAUUAAGGUAAAAGUUCAAGAGGGAACAUCAUCAUACUGUGAGUGGAUUUGCAGAAAUGAUGGGCAAUAUAAGCAAGUUGGUUACCCUAUUAUUCUGUGGAAUUGUAGUACAAGGUGUGUGGUACAGGAUGUGUGGAGUGGGCUGUUGAAUCUUACAGUAUCAGCCAGCAAGAUCUUAUGUGGCUUGCCUGUUAAGCUAUAUAAAGAUGAAGAUUUUACCGACUUCAAUUUAAGCUGUGCUGAAGGCAGUGUGGCCAUCCACAAAUCCCAUAUGGCAGCCCAUAGUGAUGUCUUCAAGACAAUGCUUAGCCAAGAGUGGAAGGAGACCAAGGAAGGCCUAAUCCAGAUACCAGGUGUCACUCUGCAGACCGUCCAGAAUUUAAAAAAAUACAUGUACUUGGGAGUACUGCCCGAUGAUGACCUGCAGUCAUUGCUGUUGAUCGCUUCUUGUUAUCUCAUGGAAGAUCUGAAGGCAGAAUGUGUUUUGAAACUCAGCCAAACUGUUAAACCUGAAGAUUUGUACAAUCUAUUUAAAUUCGCCGUUGUUAAUGAAUUACCAGAGCUGACAUUCGCUAUUAUGAAAGGAACUCCAGAGAAAGUUGUUGAAGAUGCUGAAAAUAUAUGUAUGAAGAGGAAUGACGAGAAAGAAACAAAAGAGGAAUAAUUAAUUUGUUUUUUCUAUAUUAAGAUUUUAUGAUAAUUACAAUUUUUUAGCAUUUAGUUUUUGUUUAGUGCACAAUAUUAGUUAUAAACUGAUUUAUCUGUAACCAAAAUAUUAAAUCACUUGCUUGCCUAGAUUACGAAUGGUCACUACUCACAGGCAUUAUUUUUCUUGAAGAAUAUUAAAGUAACUACUUACAUUAGUUGCAUCCUAUUCUUGUGUUGUACUAGUAAAGAUUAAUUGAUUGUGUAAGAUGUGGUAACACUAAGACAAAUUAGUGCUUCAAUUUUAAUAGCUAAUGUAAAAGGUGCUGUACAUAUCCAUAUAUUAUGUGGUAACUCUGGUCGCCACAUAAUAUAUGAAGUUACCACAGAACAUGGCGCCGAAUAGUGCAAUGUUUUGGUUGUCAAACCCGGGGGCACGAUUUUUCUUUUACAAGCAAUGAAUGUAUACAUAUGUAGAAUAGAUACUGUGAGAGCACCAAAGUGUGGUGAUCGCGAGUCUUAUGUCUAUCUAGUUUAUAAGUUAUCAUUAAGGUUACUUACUCACUGCUGUGGCGCAACGACGCAAAGAGGAUCUUGUUCUCCGACUGUCCAAAGCCGUUUAUGUCCAACUGGACAUAAACUGUCAACUGACAGCGCCGAGUUCCCUAGGUCUUUUUGCACGUCGUCUCUCCAGCGGAACUAGGGCGUCCUGACGAUCUUUAGUUUGUUUUAGGUAUUUAGUUAUUAUUUACGAUUUUAAUUUUAACCUAUUAGGUGUAUUCGGGUAAUUGCCACUGCUUCAGAAUGUCGACUAGUUCUGAAAAUCAACCAUAAUUCCAUCACACCAAGAGUCCAUUGUUGGAAUUACCUGAAUAUAGUUAUUUUACUUUAUAUGGGGUUUCUACCCAAUAUUUUCAGAUGUGUGAGUGGCUUUAUCCACAAUAUAAUCACUAAAUACUAUUCAAUUUAAAUUGUUUAACCGUACGUUUGGAAAUGUGGUACCUACCAAGUUCAAUGUUGAAAAAACUUUUUUGUAUUAUCUUUAUUCAGUGGCGGAUUUACCCUAAGGCCAAGUAGGCCUGGGCCUAGAGCGGCGAGAUAAUUAGGGGCGGCACUCGGCAGUCUACCUAUAUGAUGGGUGCGCUGAGAAAGGGGCGGCUAGUACUUAUUACAGGGCCUGGGGCCUAGAGCGGCAGACACUGCAAAUCCGACACUGUCUUUAUUCUUUAAGUUGUAAGCUGAUUAAAGAAAAUAAAACAAGUUAUAAAGCAAUAA